AUGGUCGUCUAUGCCGUCUCAGUGGCCGUGUGCUCUUCUUCCUCACGUCGAACCUCCUCUUCGCGGUUCAUGAUCUGUUCUCCCGGCUUGAUUCUAUCCGAAGUCGGCACCUCUUGUAGUGUUGUCGAAUUCAGUGGGUUUCGGUUGGGAAUUAGCCUUGUUCUUCAUUUCAUGCUUGCUGGUGCAAGCGAUGGCUUUAGCAGCUCCAGUUUCAGUUCGUCGGUUCUCGAUGGCUACGGACGUGUGAUGGUUCUCGUGUCUUUGACUGUCACAGCUUGCGUUCGGUCUUCGCUCACAUCCCAGCACUACAUGGGCUUAUUUGAGCUUCUUGUGGUGGUGAGGGAGGCAAUUGUGUGCAGGUUGGGCUUAGGUUAUGGAGUACAGAGGUUGCGGCCUGUUUUCCUCGGAUCGGCACCAUGUGAUUUGACGCUAUCGGCGAGCUGUUCUCAGUGUACUGUCCUGGAGGUCAAAGUUAUAGAAGGCCAUGGAACAACGAUUGAUGUUGUGUUGGUAAACUGUGUACUUCAUGAAGGUGAUCAAAUCGUCGUGUGUGGGUUACAGGGACCUAUAGUCACAACGAUUAGAGCGUUACUGACACCUCAUCCAAUGAAGGAGCUACGGGUGAAGGGUACUUAUGUGCAUCAUAAAGAAAUAAAGGCUGCACAGGGUAUAAAAAUUACAGCGCAGGGUCUUGAACACGCUAUUGCUGGCACUGCUCUGCACGUAACUGAACCUGAUGAUGACAUUGAAGCAAUGAAGGAGCAGGCAAUGGAAGACAUGGAGUCAGUUUUGAGCAGGAUUGACAAAAGCGGUGAAGGAGUUUAUGUACAAGCGUCUACACUAGGGUCACUGGAAGCGUUGCUUGAAUUCUUAAAGUCCCCAGCUGUGAAGAUACUUAUAAGCGGCAUCGGUAUAGGGCUUGUGCAUAAGACGGAUAUCUUUAAUGUUCACCCCAGUACUUUUAAAUUUACGGAAAGAUCUUUAUGAUUUCGCGUUAAACUUUAAAUGUCACUUUUGACUCUAUUAUAUGAAAAUGCAAUAUAUACAAAACUCAGAAAUUAAUCGUGGAGCAAUCCAGGAUUAGUUUUAAUUUUUUUAUUAUACUUUCUAGUAUAUAAGCUAGUAUACGUAUCAAAGUAACGUGAAUCAUAUGUGGUAUAGUGGUUUAUGUGUAUAAUUUUAUCUUGAAUAACUCGGGUUCGAGUGGAGGAAAGAACAAUUUUGAUGAUUUUUCAUUUUUUUGACUUAGGAAAGAAUAUACUCUGCGAGAUUUAGAUUAGAUUUCGUGUAGAAUUAGGAAAGUACAUCUUUAACCGAAUAUGGAAGUUUUUAUAUUUUUCGGAUUUGCCUACAAUAUGUAUAUUACCUUACGCAGAAUACAGUAGAGUAGUUGAGAAACAUAUUAUUCCUUUAGGCGUCACAUAAGGUAAAAGGAAGAACAUGUUAUGGCACAUAAUUUAGAUAAGGUAUAUUAUUGAGUUGUGGCUAUAUAUUGUUAUCAAGCUGUAGGUAUACUGAAGACAUCUUUCUUGAUUAUAACAUUUCGAAAUAUAGCUUGGUUAGAAUAUAUAAGAAAUGCUAGUUUACGUUGUAUACCCAAGAUAUAUCUAUGUAUAAAACUUAGUAUCUGAUUUCUAGACUAAGUAGAUGACCAGAAUGAGUAUUCUAACUGUAGCUAGAAGAUAAAAUAAAAUAUGAUUCCACUUUUUUAAAAAAAAAAAUUUAAACAUAUAUAUUGUCAUACUUAUGUUUUCAAUAGAUUUCAUAUUUUUUAACAUUUUUAAAAUUCAGUUUACUAUUUUAAUCGUAAAAGAAGGGUAAAAGUUGUCCAGAAUUGCCCAAAAUAUCAGAAGUCCUAUUGUGACAAAUAAAAGUUCAAAGUGUCACAUUUUUCCAAUUUUCCCUAUAUAAAAGUUAUCUUAUAUUCUCGUAUCAAACACUACGCCGCUCUUCGCCUCCACAUUCACUACUAAUUAAUUACCGUCUCCUUCAGCACUUGAUUCUUAGACGCUCAAGUAGAAGUAUCUGAUACACAAAUCUUCUCCUUCUAGAUAAUGGGGAACUGUCUGGCCAAACCGCCUCCUGUGGUGCUCGUUCCUCCCCUCUUUGAUUACCCUCCUCUCUCAGCUCGUAACAGGUAUCAUCUUCUACCGUAUAUAUAAAGGACACGGAAACUCAAGCCUUCUAUUGAUUUCCACUGGCAUCAUGAUGUAUUUGAGUACGUGCAUAUGUUCAGCUUUUAAUCAAAUGUUGAGGUGAUGCAUGCAGGAUGUUGGAAUCAUCUUACGAUUUGCUCUUUGGAAAGCUUGCACUGAAAUGUCUCUUUGAGGAUUACUUUGAAGUUAAAGACGCAGAUCACUUUUCUGCAAAGUUUAUGUUAAAGCCUACUGAUGACCCUCAUGUGGACUUGGUUGCAUCAGUAUCCUUUAGAAAUCUCUUCGUCUUUUAUAACAACACUCUAUGGUGCAAAUUUUAAGUUUCCUUAAAUAGUAAAAAAGGUUUCAUCCGCUGUAGAUGGUAAAGUAGAAGGAGAUGCAUCGUUUCGCUGGCAAAGGUAAUACAUAUAUGUCAUAUGGAUUUUAAACUUUUAUUUUUAACAAAAAGAACAAUGCUCAACAUCUUUUUAUGAACUUGUGCAGUGAAUAACUUUUGUUAAUCAGGGACCUCUCUCUCUCUAAAAUCAAAAACCUCCAACCUCUCUCUACUUCAUCUUCUCCGAUCUGCUCCGGCGGCUGUCAGUCGGGCGCGUGGUCGCCGGAGGCUUCUCCCUCUCCCUUUCCUCUCUUUAUUUUGCUCCGUUUGUGUCCCCUUUCGCCGACCCGUCGAGAUGCGUGGAGUUCUGGACGCAGCUCCGCCGCGGGGUCUCUAAUCUGCUCCGGGGAGGUUAGAUCCGUGGUUGGUAAGCUUCGAUCUGGAGCUCCUGUGAGGCUGUGAGGGUAGGGGUCAAGCGAAGUCGGCGUUUAGGGUUUGGCUAUGGCGGUUCUCAAUUUUACUUUGCAGAUCCCGUCGUUGCCUUCGGUUUGGAAGCGUGUGGUGGUGUGGUGGACUCUCUCCCCGUUGUCGUAGUGUUUGUUGUUUCGAAGAGCGUUCUUCGUUGUGGAGAGGAGUACAGAGCUUCUCUCUCAUUUCGGCUUGUGGUCUUGUCGAUUGGUCAGAGUGAUUCCUUCUUGCUCAGGGAAGGUGGUGGUUUCGUCGCCGGCACGUGCAUAGAGGUGUGGUGGCUGUGUGGUGGCUUCACGUCUGUGGUUUGGCGCGUGUAGCUGCGGUUUGUAGUCUGGAGUCUGUCGUCUAUGGCUGUGCUCCCCUCAUUCUUGUGGCUGCUCUUCCCUUGCUCAACCAUCCCCAUUUCACCUAUCGUGAUUUGCUUUGACCUUGCGGUUGAAGUUUGUUUCAGGCCUGCUUCUUGUUUUCCUUCGUCCCCUUCGCGGGUUUCUUGAAGCGCAGAGAAGACCGGUACAGGUUCUCUGUACCGGAGAUUGGUUUCACUGGUUAGAUUCUGGUUGGGUCAGUCGGGUCUUGCAGGUGUUGGGGGUAGCAAUCUUAAGUUUCCGUCAUCCCAGUGCGUGGUCGUUCGAGGUCCCUUGGACUCCUCGUAGACGGGUCUUUUCUUCUUUGCAGGUUAUGAAGAUUGCGGGUUGGUAUUGCUUCCUUAUCAGCCCGUUGUUUUAAGCUUAGUGGUUCGGUGGCGGCAGUAGCGAGUGCUUGCUCGUUUAGAGUGGCGUUUCAUGCGCUGUGUGGCGUUAAUUACAAACCCGGCUUUGGUGGCUUUGCAAGGUCUCGUGGUAAGUAUUUGGAUCUCCCUUCUAUUGCUCGUCUUGCGCUUCAUGACAGUGAAGGUUAUAUGCUUCGUGGAGUUCACCGGGAGCUAGCUACUCCGGAGACGACACAGGAAUUCCCGGCAUCCGAGGCAACAAGGAGAACCUCACAUUUCUGUGAUUCAUCGUCAAUGGUGAGAACAACAACCGGUUUCUGAAGGAUUUCGAAAAAUGAACUAGCGGAAUGUGCCGGGUUUAGUGGGCGGGCGAAGCUUGUUUGUAAUAGUUUGAAUUUGGAUAUUUUGUUCAAAGCGGGUUUGUAACCGGAUCUGAUUUGCCCGUUUUCGCGGGUCGGAUAAUAUAUAAAUUUAAAUUAAAAAAAAAAAAAAAAAAAAAAGAACUUGUGCAGUGAUGUUGAUGAUCCUCAUACUUUUGUAGACCUCUCUGUGUCGACCACCAAUCCGUAAACUCCGUUCUACUUUCAUAUAUUCUUGGAACUUGUCUCAUUAUAGUAGUUUAACGUUUUGAAAUAACUCUUUUUGUUAUCAUCAAGGGUUCUGCGGGUGAGGUCUUCUGGUUUCUAUCCUAAAUAUGGGAUUGGAGCAUUUGUAGUCUCCCCUUUGAUUUCGAAAAAGAAGUAAGUUUCAUUUAGGAGAAGAGGCCUGCAAUGUUUUAUAGAUUUUAUGUUUUUCUAGAAGAUGAAGAUAUGUUGUUUCUGUAGUGACAAGUUAUCUGACGAACAUGGAAUCGUGGGGUUGAGAUAUGCCUCAACAAAUUUGUCUCUCGGAGCUAUUGUCUCUCCUUUUAGUAGUAAGCACAUCAACAUUUAUUUUAUUCUCUACAGCUUCCUGUUUACCUUUUUCGUAGGCAAUGCUGACCCUUUAAAUCCACAUUCCAGCAAAGGAAGAAUGGCCAAAGAAUGCAUGGCUGGUAAGAAAGAUGGGAAGACUUACAGUGGGAGUGCAAUAUGGCCGUUAUAUGGAAAAUAUGUGCAUUAUUUGAUUGAAAGUGGUACCA